AUGGAGGAGCGGCACCCACCGUCCGACACCAAUGCCGAAGCCCCAAUCCGCCCCCCUCCCCUCCCCCUCCCGCCCGGCCACGAGACCUACGUGGUCCAAUUCCCCCUCGACAACGUGUGCCGCGUCCCUCCCGCGGACCACGCCCGCAUUGUCGAGGAGCACACCCGCAAGACCGCCCUCAAGCUAUCCCAGCCCCGGCGCCGCCGCUUCCGCUGCUCCCUCGCCCUCCCCCUCUUCCUCAUCGUCUCCGUCCUCACCCUCGCCGCCUUCACCGCCCGCUCCACCCUCUACCGCCCCCUCACCCCCUCCUUCUACGUCACCUACAUCCGCGCCUACAACUUGACCAAUAAUUUAAUAUUUAAUUCCAAUUCCGAUUCCGGUUCCAAUUCCACGCGUCCCCCGCCCGAAUUUCGUGUGGGGAUUCGGGCGGGAAACAGGAACCCCUGGCUGACGAUGCAUUACAUCGGCGGGGGCGCGGCCUCGCUGGAGUUUAAGGAAAAGUGGAUCGCGCGGGGGAGGGCGCCCGCCACGAUCAACGAGAACGACGAGGGGAACGCGAAUUUCACGGUGUGUUUGGCCGGGAAUGGGACGGCGGCGCUGCCGAACGCGGUGAAGGAGAGAUUGGGGAGUGAAUCGGAGAAAUACAUGGAGCUGGCGAUGGAUUUGACGGUGGAGAUGAGGAGUUUGUUGAGAAAUGAGGAGUUGAUAUUGCAGAUUUUUUGCGAUUUUAAGGUUCGGCAUUCAUUGGCAAAGAAUGCCAAAAUUUCAUGGCAAAGUUGUGUAAUUGGUUUAUAACGUUUGGAUUGAUCUAUAUGCGUCACAUGUACAUUAUUAUUGUGCUAUUUUGUUUAAUUAUGACAUGAUAAAUGUACGUUUGAGAAGCAUGUUUUUAUGUUUCUAGAAUAGAGGAUGGAAUAUUUGUUAUCUAAACCGAUUUUGUGACUAUUGUUUUUGUCGUGAAAUUUUAUUCUCUUGUCCAUUUAUGGACUAUGAAUUUUGUAAA